AUGUCCGACAUCAAGGCGAUGAUGCAGGCCGCUAAGGACAAGGAGGCCGAGGUCAAGGCCAAAUUCGACGAAUUCGACGUCGACGGCAGCGGUGGCAUCGACGAGAUGGAGCUCAACCUGCUCCUCUCGGACCUCGGAAUGCUCUCCGGAGUUAACCAGGAGGCGGACGAGCGGUUCGUCCGCAGCACCUUCCGGAAGAUGGACGUGGACGAGUCCGGGUACAUCGACUUCGAGGAGUUCAAGGUGAUUUACAACAAGGCCAUCGACCGCAAGAAGGGCAACGACGAGAUCGCCGACCUGCCCCCGCUGCGCGGCCGCGACGUCAAGGCGCUCUCACCCGAGGUCGAGGCCCAGCGCAGGCGCAUCGCCGAGCGCAAGGCCCAGGAGAAGGCUGAGCGCGAGGCGAUGCUCGCCGAGGAAAACCGCCGCAAGAGCCAGCGCAUCGCCGAGGCUCGAGCGCGGGGCAGGGACGCCAAGUCCCUGGACGAGCACACCGAACUGCUGCGCCAGAAGGUGGCGGCGGAGUCUCGCGCCAAGAAGGAGGCGCGCGAGGCGCAGAUCGCGCGGGAGAACGCGGCGCUCGCGAGGCGCAGGGCCGAGGUUGCCGCGCGCGGCCGCGACGCCAAGGCUCUUGACGAGAAGACUCUGGCGGACCGUCGAGCGGUCGCGGAGCGCAGGCGCCUGGAGAAGGAGGCGCGCGAGGCGCAGCUCGCGGAGGAGAACCAGCGCAUGCGCGAGCGCAUCGCCGCCGGCAAGGCGCAGGGCCGCGACGCCAAGGCUCUCGACGAGCACACCGAGGCGGCGCGAGCAGCCGUCGCGGAACGCAGGCGCGCGGAAAAGGCGGCGCGCGAGGCGCAGCUCGCCGAGGAGAACGAGCGCAUCCGCGUUCGCAUGAACCAGGCCGGGCGGGACGCCAAGGAGCUCACGCCGGAGAUCGAGGCUGGCCGCCGAGCCGUCGCGGAGCGCCGAGCGGCGGAGAAGGCGGAGCGCGAACGAAAGAUUCGCGAGGAAAACGCCGCCUUUCGCGCGCGCCUGAACGCCUCGCGGUCCGCGGGACGCGACGCCAAGGAGCUCACGCCGGAGAUUGAGGCUGGGCGCGCCGCCGUGGCGCAGCGCAGGCGCGAGGAGAAGGCGGCGCGCGAGGCUAAGCUCGCCGAGGAAAACGCAGAGUACGCCAGGCGGGUCUCGUCCACCCGCGCCAAGGACGUCAAGGGACUGGACGAGAAGACUUUGGCGGACCGCCGAGCCGUGGCGGACAGACGCGCGGCGGAAAAGGCGGAGCGCGAACGCGCGAUCGCGGAGGAGAACGCGGCGCUCGCCAGACGACGGAGCUCGCUCCACGGCCGCGACGCCAAGGCUCUGGACGACGUCACCGAGGCGGCGAGGCGCGAGGUGGAGGCGAGACGGCUCGCCGAGAAGGAGGCGCGCGAGGCCAAGAUCGCGGAGGAGAAUGCGGUGAUGCGACAGCGCAUCGCCGCGUCCAAGCGGGCGGGGCGAGACGUCAAGGGGCUCAGCCCGGAGACGCUGGCGGCGCGGGAGCGAGUCGCCGCGGAAAAAGCGCAGCGCAAGGCGGAGCAGGAGAUGAUCCUGAAGAUGGAGAACCUCGAGUUCGAACGAAGACUGUCGCACCAGAGCGGCCGCGACGAGAAGGGUUUAAGCCCAAAGACGCUGGCGGACAGGAAGGCGGUGGCCGAGCGGAGCGCGCAGCGGAAGCGGGAGACGCAAAAGCGACUCGCGAGGGAAAACGCUGAGAUCAAGAAGAACCUGAGGGGCACCGGGACCUACCAAGGUCUGUGA